AUGGCCACAGAUCCUACUCCAGUGUUUCUUAAACAUUUCCUACACAACACGGCGCCCCCACCCGAGCUCACCUUACCAAAAUAUUGGCAAGGAGCACCAGCUGCCGCUCUGCGGCGUUGCAUCAUGGCUCUCGGGAGUGGGAGAAUUCUGUCGCUUGGCCCCAAAGUGGCACAGCUAGAAACACUGAGAAAUCUUUAUUUCUCACCAAUCGAAGGAGCAGAGCCAAUUCCUCUGCACACAUUCAAUGUAGCACCACAAGCCAAUCCUCCGCAAUAUGAAGAUCCGGUGCCACUAAACCCUCCGCUGUCCUCUGAAAUAUUUGAUUGUGAAAUCAAAUCAUCGGACUCUUCGGAGUCAGACUCUGAACCCAAGCCUGACCCGGACACCCAAGCGCCCGAUGCUAAAGAUCCGGAUUUCAACCCGGAGAACACCCGGAAGAGAAAGGGAAAGAGUACUAGCACCCAGGGUGCUAGGAAAUAUCCAAAGCGUGACACAACGAGCUACUAUUCUUGUCAUGGGAACUGGGCCCUAGGCCCUAUGGCAACAUCGCAGGAUGCCAUUCUGCGGUAUUAG